ACAAACGAUGUUGGGCUCGAGGUCUCGGGUUUGAAGUCUUGUGACAUUCGAGGCGUGACAGCUUCAGACCGAGCUGUGAGGGUCCGGCCGAUCUGUGCUCAUCAUGAACUCAGCUCUCAAAGGCCUAUCUGUGCACAUCCUCAUCUAAGCUCGACCUCCGACCUCAAACGUGCUGGAAUUCAAACUCUCCCUCCCUUUGGAUUUCAUCAGUUGGCCCAGGAAUCCGUACAAAGACAGUCAGACGCACCAAAUAGGAUAUCAUCUGGGCCUGACGGUUUCUACACGGAUCCUACGACUACGGCCGGGCUUUCGUCUCGUGUUGGACCUCGGUGA